AUGAAUAUGCUACAUGAUGUUUUCCCGUAUGCUUCAAGAUAUGAAGAAGAGGCAAUUGAUGAUGAUGCCCCCAAUGUCAAUGAGCCAGUUGACAUGUCUAAUUAUGAGAAGUAUAGCAGGCUUCUCGAACAAGCACAGACACCAGUGUAUGAAGACUGUCCAGUUUCAGUUUUGAGUGCCAUCAUGUCACAGAUGCAUUUGAAAGUAAAGCACAGAACGAGUAAUGGACAUUAUGGAGACUAUUCAAAGUUUAUCAAAACUUUGCUUCCUCCUAUAAAUAGACUUCCUGAGAGUCAGUAUAAGACAAAAAAGAUCUUGGGCGACCUCGGCCUUGAUUGUGUGAAGAUCCAUGCCUGUAAGAAUAAUUGCGGGCUAUUUUACGGAGAUUACAAGGAUGCUAUCUACUGUCCCAUUUGCAAUGGGCCGAGGUAUGAUGAGGAUGCUUCUUCAGAUAAAGGGAAACCUGUUCCUGUGAAGGUUCUUCGUUAUUUCUCGUUAACUCCGAGAUUGCAGCGUCUGUACAUGUUAUCAAAGACUGCAGAGGAGAUGAGAUGGCACAGUCUUCCUAGGGAAGAUGACGGUGUUUUGAGACACCCCUCAGAUGGGGAGGCUUGGAAAUCUUUUGACGCAUCAUUUCCUGAUUUUGCGGAAGACGUUCGAAAUGUAAGGUUCGGACUAACAACAGACGGGUUCAAUCCUAGCGGCAAUAUGACUCUGUCUCAUAGCAUUUGGCCUGUUAUUUUAAUGCCGUACAACUUACCACCGUGGAUGUGUAUGAAGAAGGAAUAUAAUUUUCUGGUAUUGUUAAUUCCAGGUCCCAAUUCUUCGGGAAAGUGUCUAGAUGUGUAUUUGAGACCGUUGAUUGAUGAGCUAAAAGAAUUAUGGGAAAAUGGAAUCCCCACUUUUGACAGACAUAGUAAAACUUCAUUUAGGAUGAGAACAGUCGUGAUGUGGACGAUUAGCAACUUUCCUGGCUACGGUAUGUUAUCUUCUCAUACCACUCAAGGGUACAAGGCUUGUCCCAUCUGCUUAGAGAACGUUGAUGCUAGUCGUCACGCGGACAGGAUUAUUUACCUGGUUCACCGUAGAUGGCUUCCAAUGAAUCAUGAAUGGCGGCUUGAUGCAGAUGCAUUCGAUGGCAGGGAAGAGCAUCGUGAACCACCCCCUAUUCAGUCUAGGGAUGAAAUUUUAUACAAGUUGAACUCUUUUGAUUUUGGAUAUUUGAGUAGUGAUAAAGAUGUCUUGGCCCAAAAUCUUGUGCGUCCUGCUGCACUUGACAAUUGGCAUCAUAAGAGUAUUUUCUUUGAAUUACCUUACCGGUCCACUUUGAGAAUUAGACACAACCUAGAUGUCAUGCACAUAGAAAAGAAUGUUUGUGACAACGUGGUGGGAACAAUUCUCGACAUUAAAGACAAGACAAAAGACAGUAUCAAAGCUCGGGAUGAUUUGCAAAAGAUGGGCUUACGACGUCACUUAUGGGUAAAAAGGACGGCGUCAAGAUAA